CAAAGCUUUCUCAGGCCCGCAGACUCACAGACACACUCCCACAUCAGCUACCGGGGGGAGAGUGAGCGGAGAAGAGAAAGCAGCAGACAGAGUGGAAGGCUGCUGCUGGUGUGCACGCUGGCUGAGAGAAAGACAAGAAAGCCUGUGUUUGUUUUGUUUUGGGGUUUUUUUGCUGAGCCACUUUUCCUCUAGAUCUGUUGAUGAGCCAGGCUGGGUCAGCUCUGGGUCUCGUCUCAGUGUGGGGUUCAGAGGUCGGGGUCAAAGUGUCACAGCUUCUUGAGUGUGCGUGGCUAUUUUGCAACUUUUGAACACUGGAACUGUACUGUAAGCAUUAUGACUCUUCUGGGCUCUGAACACUCCAUACUAAUACGAAGCAAGUUUAGAUCGGUCCUACAGUUAAGACUUCAGCAGAGGAGGACACGAGAGCAGCUGGCAGACCAAGGCAUCAUGCCUCUAAACCAUGGUAAGCUCCCUAAGCAAGAGGACUCCUAUGCAUUUGAGGAGGACAGCAGCAGUGAGAGUCUGUCUCCAGAGCAGCACCACAGUGAUGAGUCGCAGGGUUCGGCCUGCCCUUCAUCUGAGGCUGUCGGCAGUACGGCCUCCUCCUCGUCCUCACCUGCCCUCACCAGCGAACGACAGGGUGGUGUAAGCAGAGAUCCCCCGGAUCAAAGCCAGGAUGAGGGGCUUUCUGGUGCUAACAACAGCCAGACUACUCCCCCAAUACCUGUUCCUGCUAUCGUCAAGUCUAAAUCUUCCGACAAGAACCGUCACAAGAAGCCCAAAGAUGUGAAGCCUAAAGUCAAAAAGCUCAAGUACCACCAGUACAUUCCUCCAGACCAGAAGGCAGAGAAGUCCCCUCCGCCCAUGGAUUCGGCCUACGCCCGACUCCUCCAGCAGCAGCAGCUCUUCCUGCAGCUGCAGAUUCUCAGCCAGCAGAAACACACUCAUGCGCAAUCGCAGACACAGCAGUCGCAACAGCCGCAUACCCACACUCCGCAGACGCAGGCCCAAGCCCAGUCUCAGACUCAGGCUCAGCAGAGGCAGCCCACUUUCAGCUAUCAACCCCACACACCAGCUCACACCCAGAAAGGAGUCAGUGAGCAACUAUCGGCUUGUAGUUCCAGUGCCCCGUCGAGCACAGCCAACAGUAACUCAUCCUCUCCAGUCAAGAACACAUUCCCCAACCAAAGCAACAUCUCACAAGUCAAACCUGGGCCCCUGCCAUCUAAUCUGGAUGACCUAAAAGUUUCAGAGCUGAGGCAGCACCUGCGUAUUCGUGGCAUGCCUGUCUCAGGCACCAAGACUGCCCUCAUCGAGCGACUCCGGCCCUUCAAAGACUCCAGCUCCUCGCCCUCGGGAUCCUCUGAUAUCACCACCAUGACCUUUCCCGUCACACCCACAGGGUCCUUGUCCUCCUACCAGUCCCCAUCCUCCUCCAGCGCUCUGUCCCAGGGAGGCUAUUACCCGUACCCCAGCACCUCCUCCACCCCACCCAUCUCGCCGGCCUCCUCUGAGCUGUCCCUCAGCGGUUCACUCCCCGACAGCUUCAGCGAUGUGCCCAUGUCUUCGCCAACACAGUUUGCCCUUCAUCCAUCUCCUGCCCAGCUCGGCGUGGAGGAUGGCUUUGGGGGAGGAGGAGGUGGCAGCAUGGGUGGGGCGGGUCAGAGGAUGGGGGAGGUUGGUGGUAUGGAUGGUGUAGAAGCUGAAAAAGACAAGAUGCUGGUGGAAAAGCAGAAAGUGAUCGAGGAGCUGACGUGGAAAUUGCACCAGGAGCAGAGACAGGUUGAAGAGCUAAAGAUGCAGCUCCACAAGAGAAAACGUUGCUAUGGAGCAACACAGGAUACGGUCCCUCCUGCAUCUCAUCCUCCCAUGCACCACCAGCAGCACCAGACACCAGCCAUGAUGGGGCAGCAUUUUUUUGGGGUGACUAUCAAGCAGGAGCCUUUGUCUUUGUCCUCCAGCUGCCCUCUGUCCUCCCCUAAACAGCCUAAGUGCCCUCCUGGUAGCUGCAGAGAGGAUAUGGGACACUGCAGUUCCUCCAUUACCAACAUGGGGGGCCCCGGGGGACCACAGUGUAUGGAUACAGGCCCUUCCUCUAGCAGCCCCACCACUAUGUCCACCUUCCUCAGCCCACAGUGCUCACCGCAAGACUCUCCUAUCAGAAAAUCCUCCAGCAGCCCACAGCCUUCAUCUCCUAACAACCCCUACCUGCUGUCUCCUCAACUGGGGAGGGAUGGCUGUGGUCACCCCCACACCCAGGGCAACAACAGAGCAUGCAACAUGCAGAUACAGCAAAAGAGUGGCGGGCCGCCAAUAAACUGUUCCUAUCCUUCCGACCAAAGAGGUCUUCAGGGAGUUUAUCCCAGCUCAGCUGACUGUGGCCUCAACAACAGCAGCCCUGCUAAGGCUGAGAGCCAGAACAUGCAAACAAAGAUGUCAGUUUUGCCAAAGUGCCAGGUCCCUCCCCCUGCCUUCAGUAGCUCAGAUUCAGAUGCAUCUGACUUAAGACAGCCCCCAUGCUAUGAGGAUGCAGUCAAACAGCAACUGACCCGAAGUCAGCAGAUGGAUGAGCUUUUGGAUGUGCUCAUAGAGAGUGGAGAGAUGCCAGCUAACGCCAGAGAAGAGAGGGAGAGGUCCUCUGUAACCAAAGUUAUGCCUCACAUUACUGUGUCCCCAGGGUGUCCCGGCCUCCUCAUCCCGUGGUUUCACCGACAUUACGAGCACCUCUCCCCCACCCAGCUCCCUUACGACCACGCAGCCAAUCACGUCACCGAGAGCCACCCAGACACUCUGCUUGGCAGUCCCGUCGGCCGCGGAGGGGAGGUACCUCUUCUUAAAAUGGCAGCAGAGGAUGGGGGCCAGGAAGAUGAAGGGAAGCGAGAGGUUGAUCGGUACAGCAGCCCUCAGAAUCAUCAUCACUCUCAUCAUCCGCAACAGGACAAACUUCUGAGCAACCGAGAUCUGAUGGACACGUCUCUGUCGGCCAUCGGCAGUAAGGCACCCGCCAACCCCGAGGUGCAGGGAAUGGUCAGCAUGACCUUUAGAGAGACGCCUUGGGAGACAAUGGAAUGGCUCGACCUGACACCACCCAGUUCUGCCACUGCCUUCAGCAUUGCUCCACCCAGUGCACCCAGCAUUUUCAAUGCCGAGUUCCUGGAUGUAACAGACAUUAAUUUGAACUCUGCCACAGACCUUCACCUGGAGAACUGGUAAAAACAACACUGUCCCUAAAGUGCUGGUUAGCAGCAUACCAGCCAUCGAACUCAAGACACCAGCUUGCAACUAGCUGCACGGACUUCUGAUAUUAGCUAUGACAAUACCAAAGACCUAUUUAAUUCUGUUCUUAACAGCUUUAAAUGUUCACGUGUUGCUCCUUGCUAUGAUCCAGUGGAAUGUAUAACCAUUAGCAGAUAUGCAAAAGCUGAAAUCUAAGCCAGAAAAUUGAACAAUUGUCACAUCCCAGCCUUUCCACUUCACUGAAAUGUGGUUCUUAUGUUGUCGUCACAGACCUGGUGCUUUUUUUGCAUGAUCUUGAUGCUCACAACUAUCAAGUACUUAUGACAGCGGACAUAGUGUCAGAAGAAGCGUUAAUGUAACUUAAACUUUACGCCAACAUUUAAUACAGUAUCAGUGCUAUGACUUGAAGACACAGUUUGACUUUCAUUGUAUACUUUGAGUUAUAUAUUUGUACUGGAAAAAAACCCCAGAGAGGACUUAACAGGUGAAUUGGAGAAUUGGAUUGCUUAGUAAUGGCCAUACUGUAAAUAUCAAAACUGACAGAGAUAAGUUGCAGUCUACAUAUUAUGUCAGAGGUGUGGAAGAACAUACAAACAACAAAUCAAAUGCUUUCUGUAAUCGCUUUAUAUUUGAUGUAAAUAUGUUUUUUUUAAUUCACUGUGCACCUCUAGCUUAAUAAACACUUGUCACAGUUUGCUUGAGCUUAGUAUGUAUAGGUUAGGUCAUUUGAAGGAAUCUUUUUGUACUUAUUUGUUUUCCACUAUUAUCCACAGGAUGACACCUUUAAAAGAAUUAUCUUAUCAGUUUAUAUCAGCAGCCAAAUACUGCCUUAUUUGCAAAAGCUUUUUAUUCCCAAAUUUUAAUAUCAAAUGACUGCUCCCCUGGAAGUUGUUGACUGAUGUGAUUUAGAUGGCUCCAACCAUGUAAAGCUCACAUCUAGUUUUUUCUCUCUCUUUUUUUGGUCAUUAAAAUGCCAGCAUUUCUGUUCCCAUUUACAUUUAUUUAUUUUGUGCUUUUUGUAUUUAUAGUUGAUCCUGUAUUUAUACAUUCCUUUAAAACAGAUUGGGGCUCUAUAUGAUGUAUGAAAAAAGUACCAUUAUCGAUCACUGACAUUUCUUCAUUAUUAGUUCUCUUAAGAAUGUGAUACAAAGUAAAAGAACCACUUUGAAAAGCCAUGUUUUCCUAACUUACUUUUCUUAAAAACAAAAACAGAUUUGUAAUUGACAAUUCUUAGCACUUGUUAAUAGGAUGAUGUAAUAUAAUCAAAGUUUUACUGUGAAUACUGGAUAUUAAUAAAGAAUAGACUUUCACAAAAGCCAGCCGAGAUAAACCUAUUAUGCACAGUAGUUAUAGGUGAGAAUGGCAAACUCAGAAACAAAUAAGGUUUUAGUUUUGAUUAGUAAAUGCAUUUUUAUGCACCUAAAAACUAAAUUAAGGAAAUAAGUAUAAUUUCUUGCAUACCUCCUUUAUAUCUGUCCGCAGACUGUAAAGCUACAGCUAGCGCUAGCAGUUUGUUAGCCUAAAUUGCAUAAAGACUGACAGAUGGGGACAGACCGAAGUGGCUUUGUCUUCAAAUCACAGAAUCAGCCAACCAGCACUUCUGUUUUAUGUUCCUAGUUACAUCUGUUCAUUUCUUCUCAAAAGACCCAGUAAACUUCAUUCAUUGUUCACAGUACUCACCGUCUUUUCCAAAUUAGCAUUAUCUUAGCUAGCUCAUUAGUCAUUAACUUGAAAACAUGAUAUUAACUUUACUCCAGAUAAACUUGUUCUAUUUAAUGUGAGUAUUAGACAUAUUACAAGUUUUAUUAGCAAAAUGCUAAAAUAAAGUGCUUUUUUCAUGCAGUAAGAUUAAUACUAGCAUAACUAGCAGUCUAGAUAGCAGUCUAGACUCCGAACACCCGAGGAGACAGAAAGAAAACUUAAUAUGCAUUUUCUUUUCAUUCAUGUUCUAUGCUUGAGCAAAUUUUUAACAGCAGUCAGCUUGCUUUUACACUUGAACCAGAAGUGCUGGUAGGCGUUAGCUACAUAAAGUGUUUCUACCUAAUUCCAGUCUUUAUGCUAACAUCACCACCUAGCUAUUUUACAGACAGAUGUAAGUGGUUUUGAUGUCAUUUCCAGUAAUAUAAAAUUAUGACUUCAGUUCCUUGGCUAAUAAACCUCUUCCAAUUAUUCGUGCCCUCUGUAACCAUGGUUCUCAUGUCGUGUUGACCAAAUUGUUUGUUUUUUUGUUUGUUUUUUGUUUUAAAUGAAGUGUUGCACUUGAGUGGCUUCUCUGGUUACAUGUCAGCUAUUACCCAUCUUCAGUAUAUGUCAAAGCUAAUACUUUAUUUCCUGUCUUCUGUUGUCAGAACAUUACUGUCCUUUUCUUAAUUAUUUUUGACAAAUUUUUAAAUAAUUUUCCCUAAUUAAGAGGAAAGUAAUCUGACAGAAGCUUCCAUGUUGCUUGGCCACUGACUUGCCCAAGUCCCUGUAUACUACAAAAAAGACAGCAAUAAACUUAUCACUUAUCAAAAUUA